AGGAAAGCAACUGUCACCAAAGAUUUUCCUGCAACUCAACUAUCAACAGACAAUAGAAAAUCCGCUCAAGACAGCAGCCGCCAUAAAGCAUGGAACGCAGAAAACUCUUGGAUCCCCCGUCACACACAAGCAGCACUCUGAAAAACCACAAAAAACCUCAUGGAUGCUCAGAGUGUGAAAAAUCCUUUACUCGCAAGUCCCUCCUUUUGACCCACAGGAAGGUCCAUGUGGGAAGUGGAUCCAGUAAAGAUCUUGAGAGUGAGAAAUCCUUCCCUGGAAAAAACUCCAAAGAUCUCGGAAGCCCCCCCAGACUAAAACCCCAUAAAUGUGUAGAAUGUGAUUUAUGUUUUGAUCAAAAGUCACACCUUCGUACACAUCAGAAAAUCCACACUGGAGAGAAACCUUAUGAAUGUCUGGAAUGUGGGACAUUUUUCCGACAAAAAGGCACUCUCAGAAACCAUGAGAGGAUCCACACAGAGGAGAAACCUUACAAGUGUUGGGAAUGUGGGAGGGGUUUUAUUCAGAACUCAAGUCUUUGGAUCCAUGAGAAGGUUCAUGCAGGAAUAAAAUCUUACAAAUGCUUUGAGUGUGGAAAAUGUUUCACGCAGAGUUCAUCUCUUCGGAGUCAUCAGAAAAGGCACAGAGGGGAGAAAAACGAAAAGUGCCUCGAAUGUGGGAAAUGUUUUCCCACAAAAUCAUCCCUGCUGCGACAUCAGAAACUCCACACUGGAGAGAGACCCUAUGAAUGCCCAGAGUGUGAGAAAAGAUUUAUCUCUUCUUAUGAACUUCAAACACACCAAAAGAGGCACAAAGAGGAGAAACCCUAUAACUGUGGGGAGUGUGGAAAAAGUUUUAUUUGGCGAAGAGAGUUUCAGAUUCAUCAGAGAAUCCACACGGGGGAGAAGCCCUACAAAUGUGAGGAGUGUGGGAAAUGCUUUUCCCAAAAACAGCACCUUGGAAUCCAUCAGAGGCUCCACACAGGAGAGAAGCCCUACAAAUGCGAGGAAUGUGGAAAAUGCUUUAGACAAAAGGGAGUCCUUUGCCGUCAUCAUAAAACCCACACUGGGGAAAAGGCACAUCAAUGCAACGAAUGUGGACAAUUCUAUC